AUGUCAGACGAUUGGGAUGCUGACGACUUCGAGCCGCCGCCAGUGGUGGUGGCGAAAGAGCCGGUAAAGUCUUCAUGGGAGGACGAGGAAGAGGAGGAGGAAGCACCGGCCCCUACCACCACCGCCUCAGCGAAGCCCAAGGGAGAGAAGAAGAAGAAGAAAGCGGAGGACAAGGGGAAGGGCAAAGAGAAGGAGGAGGAGGAGGUGGUGGACGAUGGAGUGCUUGCAGAUCCUGUAGCGGAGAAGCUAAGACAACAACGGCUUGUGGAGGAGAGCGAUUUCAAAGCAACAAAGGAGCUGUUUGGUGGGAAGAAGAAGGAGGGGGAGCGGUCACUGGACGACUUUCUACCCAAAAGCGAGGCAGACUUUAACGAGUUUGCAGACCUGAUUGCCGCCAGAAUCACUCCCCACUCGAAGAGCUUUCACUACGUGUCUCUAAUCAAGAACAUUCUCAGAAAGGUGGAGGCGCCGUUGGUGGGGAAGGACGCCAAGGAGAUCAGCGCUGCUGCUGCUGUGAUCGCGAAUGAGAAGCUCAAGGCGGAGAAGGAGGCAGAGAAGGGCAAGAAGAAGGGCGCCAAGAAGCAACAGUUGACAGUGGAUCGGCCAGAAGACGAUGACUAUAAGGGGUCUUAUGCUGGGCCUGAUGAUGAUUAUGACUUCAUGUGA